AUGCGAUUUCCAGAAUAUAUAGAUGUGUCUACCUGCGUGGUCAGUGAUAAAGACAAGCUAUUUGGAUCACACCUAAACGUUCUUGAAAACCAUUACAAGAGUGAUGAUGACCUUCUUGACUUCUUCUCAUCUGCAUUUGACGUCAGAAGAACGCCAUCGGUUAAUGACUACUAUGCUUUGUGGAAAGACUGGGAGAGAACAAAGGACAGGUUAUCAAACCAUGAGUGCUGUGCGUUCUGGAGCUUCCUUGUGCGACACGGUAUAUCCGAGGAGUUGCUCUCUGAAUCCUUCUCCCGUUUGCCUGUUAAGACACAAGAUAAUAGCGAUGAUGGAGGAAUCUUGUUAUCUAGCAAAAGCGAUGUGUUCAUAGCUGAUGAUUUGCUCUUGAAGGAUCUUUUCAUAGACUCCCCAGUCUUCGUAUGGUACCCUACUCCAAGCAUCUCUACAUUGUCACAAACCAAGCUUAUAAAGAUUUACAGGAAUAUAGGAGGCAAAGACAUCUCCAAAUGCGUGGAGACUGCAGAAGAUAAGUUCACCGAUCAAACCAAAGUCAAGAAGCAAGAGAAUAACAUGAUCGGACCGGGUCUGGUGAGGUUGGUUCUAGGGUUUAUAUCUGAUCCAUCUCUUGAGAUAGAAGCUGAGGAACGUUCUACAAUCAUACAAAGUCUUGUUAACCUCAACGUUCUCCAAACUCCAGAGACCAUCUCAACGGAGUAUACUCUGACACUACCUUCAAAGGGAGAGAAGCUUACUGCAAAUGCUACGAAGAUGAUGAGGUGGGAGAGAGAGGAAGGAGUUGUUUAUGCAGAGAAGAUGAAGAAAACUUGCGGGAAAAGAAAGGUUUUGGAGUACGCCACGUGUUUCGCUGAGGUGAUUGCUAAAGGAGUGAUGAAGGAGAGGGAAGAUCUGAUUGACAGGUUGUCAGAGCUAGUAAAGAUGGCUUACUUUGUUGAGUUCGAUGAAGAGGCUUUAGAGUUUCUCAUGAAGUCCAAGAACCUUCAGGUUUAUGAAGAAGAUGAGAAACUAAUCUCAGAUGCCUUCUCCCUCAAGUAA